AUGUCGCGCACGAGCCCUGCGGCUCUUGAGUUGCAGAGAUCCGUCGUGAGGGAGCGCUCUGGAGGGCGAAUUUCCGUGGAGCUGGAAGUGAUCCAUGACAUCGGCCGACGGAGUCCCAAGGUUUGGGAUCUUCCUUGCGAGGAGGAACUCCUGAAGCUCCAACGUGCGAGUGGAUUCGACCAGUCCUCUCCAAAGUUGCUACGAUGUGGAAGAGCAGUUUGGGACCGCUUCGCUUCCGCCUUGGAGGUGGCCAUGCUGCGCAGCUAUGCUGUGAAGGCCUUUGAAGGCCUUCAUCAUCGAGGAGCUGAAGUAUCUCUCGUCCUUCCUUUUCACAGGACCUGUGGAAGUGCCCUGCACUUCAGCACUUUGCAGCACCAAAUCAGAGCACGUCUGAUGUUUUUUUCCCUGACUUCUGCAUGA